GCAGUGCAUGGAGCCAGACAGUAGUCGCGAGCUGUCCGGCAGGGUCGUCACGGAGAGAAGAAGCCCUCCUUUCAGCACGUCAGCCCAGGUGGUCGCCAGUUGUUCGCGUGACGUCAUGGUGUGCGAGGAGUCUGUCGGCGUGGAGAUGCCCAAGGGGGCGGCGGCGGCGGAGCUGGGGGCGGCGGGGGCGGGCCCCCCGGCGGAGCUGAGGCGGCGAGUGUGGCCUCAGCACACCGCGGCCCUGCUGGCCACGCUGCUGGCCAUGAGCGGGGGUAUCGUGAUGGGCUGGUCGACGCCCGCCGUGCCCUACCUGCAGACGCCCAUGCCCCUGGGCGACGGCAGCAACGCCACCACGCUGCCCAUCACGGACGAGGAGGGCUCCUGGCUGGGCUCCCUGUCCGCCAUCGGCGCCCUGGUGGGGGCGGCCCCCGCCGGCUUCCUCUCCGACCUCGUGGGCCGCAAGCGCAUGCUGCUGCUCUUCUCCAUACCACUCAUCGCCAGCUGGGUCAUGAUCAUCCUCGUCGAUAGGAACAUCGUGCUCCUGUACGUGGCCAGGUUCAUCUCGGGCAUCGGCCUGGGGGGAGCCACGGCGCUGUCGCCCGUCUACAACGAGGAGAUCGCCGAGGUGAAGAUACGGGGCGCCCUGGGCACCUACUGCGAGGUCAUGAUCUGCGUGGGCAUCUUCUACGCCUUCUGCGUGGGCUCGUACCUGGACUACCUGUGGUACCAGGCGGCGUGCGCCGCGGUGCCCGUCGUGUUCCUCCUGAGCUUCGCCUGGAUGCCCGAGUCGCCGGUGUACCUGGUGCUGAGGCGUCGCGACGCGGAGGCGGAGCGCUCGCUGCGCUGGCUGCGCGGGGCAGGGGCGGGAGAGGACCGCCUCAUCAAGGCGGAGAUGGAGGGCAUGAGGAGGUUCGUCGAGCAGGCCAGGCGCUCCAAGACCUCGACCGGCGACCAGGGCUCUUGCGUCAACUCUCCCACCUUCAAGGCCGCGUGCAUCGUGUUCGGCCUCAUGUCCCUGCAGCAGAUGUGCGGCACCUGUGCCAUCAUGUACUACACGGUGAACGUGUUCCGCGACGCCGGCAGCACCUUGUCGCCCUACGUCUGCUCCAUCAUCGUGGCCUUCGUGCAGCUGGUGUUCGGCGUGGUCACCACCCGGGUGGUGGACCACCUGGGCCGUCGCCCCAUGCUCAUGUUCUCCACUCUGUGCCUGGCCGCCUGCCUGCUCGUCAUGGCCGCCUACACCCAGGUGAAGCAGUCGGGAGUCGACGUGUCCGCGCACACCUGGGUGCCGCUGCUCGCGCUCAACAUCUUCGUCGUCGGCUUCGAGUUCGGCGUGGGCCCGCUGCCUUGGCUCAUGAUGGCCGAGCUGGCGCCCAGCAACUCCCGGGGGUUCAUCAGCGGCGCGUCCGUCUGCUACAACUGGUUCCUCGUGUUCCUCGUCACCAAGUGCUUCACCAACAUGAUCGACGCCAUGGGGCUCGCCAUGACCUACGGCUGCUACGCCAUCUUCAUGUUCCUGGGCUUCUUCUUCGCCUGGCUGUGCGUGCCCGAGACGAACGGCAAGACGCGCGAGGAGAUCCAGGCGGCGCUCAAGUACGGCAGCAAGCAGGCGUCUAACGCCGCUUCCUGCCAGCAGAUAGUGCUGCUGUACGUGGCGCGGUUCAUCUCGGGCAUCGCCCUGGGAGGCUCCACGGUCAUCUCGCCCGUCUACAACGAGGAGAUCGCCGACGUGGACAUCAGAGGCGCGCUGGGCACCUACUGCGAGAUCCAGCUGUGCGUCGGCAUCUUCUACGCCUACUGCGUGGGCUCGUACCUGGACUACCUGUGGUUCCAGGUGGCGUCGUGCGCAGUCCCAGUGCUGUUCCUCGUCACCUUCGCGUGGAUGCCCGAGUCGCCGGUGUUCCUGGUCAUGAAGGGCCGCGACGGGCAGGCGGAGAAGGCGCUCGCCUGGCUGAAGGGCUCCAGCCGGCACGACGCCGCGGUGCAGGGCGAGCUGGAGGCCAUCAGGGUCUUCGUGGGCGCCGGCCAACGGCCCGGCGCCGCCGCCAAGAAGACGGGGCUCGACCAGAGGCUGAGGAAGGUGCUGACGGGCAUCUCGGAGAGCUCGCCCACCUUCAGGGCCACCUACGUGGUGUUCGGCCUGAUGGUGAUGCAGCAGAUGUGCGGCACGUGCGCCAUCAUGUACUACAUGGUGAACGUGUUCCGCGACGCCGGCAGCACCUUGUCGCCCUACGUCUGCUCCAUCAUCGUGGCCUUCGUGCAGCUGACGAGCGGCUUCGUGGCUUCCCGCGUGGUGGACCACCUGGGCCGCCGCCCCAUGCUGCUCUUCUCGUCCACCAGCCUGGCCGUCUGUCUCGCCGUGCUGGCCGCCUACACGCACUUCAGGCACGCGGGCGUCGACCUCUCCUCCUACACCUGGGUGCCGCUCGUCGCGCUCAACCUCUUCGUGGUCACCUUCGAGUUCGGCGUGGGCCCGCUGCCCUGGCUCAUGAUGGCCGAGCUGGCGCCCAGCAAGUCGCGCGGCUUCAUCAGCGGCGCGUCCGUCUGCUUCAACUGGCUGCUCGUGUUCGUCGUCACCAAGUGCUUCACCAACAUGAUCGACGGCAUCGGCCUCGCCAUGACCUACGGCUGCUACGGCAUCUUCAUGUGCGCGGGCUUCGUGUUCGUGUGGUUCUUCGUGCCCGAGACGAAGGGCAAGACGAGGGAGACCAUCCAGCACGAGCUCAAGUACGGCCAGAAGUCCGUGCCCUAG